CGUAACGAAUUGACGCUGAUGUCAGAACUAGGAGUGAGCCUUAUGUGUACUGACUAAAGGGUGUUAUCAUAUAAUAUGUUUGCAGUUGCGCGAAAAUGUUCUGGUUCCUCACUCUGUCUUCAACUGUUUUGGUUAGCGUUUCGCAAUUCUUCGUCAUGAUGCGUGCCUACCGACUGUGGGAUCACAAGCCGACUGUUCGCAGGGUACUGCCCUUCGUGUUUGUUGCCUGCAUAACGGGCGCACUCGUUUUAUCUGUCAUGACGGUUUUGACUUUUUUGAAAACACAAAUCGAACUACCACCUGAACUGAUAGUCUGCGCAGUCACCGGAGUACCGAAGACAAUACCUUCCACGAUAGGUAUCUUGCUGUCAUUUAAUGUCCUUGUGAUUUUGAUCUCCUUCUACAAUGCUCUCGAAAACCCGCGCCGAUAUGAAAGCGAAGUUUUUGAUUCACUGCGACGUGAUGGCUCAAGGAUCUAUUUACUUAUUUCCCUCCUAUAUGUGCCACCCCUGAUAGCAUCUCUUGUUACGGAUAUUCUCGUGUUCUUCCCUAUGUUGAUUCUCGCAUCGUCCCUGAAGGUCAAUCUAACUUCUCGGAUGCAGCUUCGUGUCGAAAGCCUGAGCUUAUCCGACACUCUACACCCUGUCGCGAGAUAUACGGUACAGGAAAGCUAUUAACAUUUGGGAUACAUCUAGAAUACAAUUGCGCUUCUCAGUAUUGUUGUCGAUGAUAAGAGACACUGUCACCACCUCAAUGUGAAUCACCGUAUUCUGCCUGUGAGACCUUGUGAGAUUCCGAG